ACCUGCCAGACGGCAGCUCGACCCCGCCCCCUCUCAGGUAUCAGCGAAACUGGCGGCUGGAGGAGCGCGAGCCCAUAGCAGCGGGCAGGUCCUUGCCGUGAGGAGUGUCUGAGCCGCAGCCCGUCCCGGCCGGAGAUGGGGGCGCGCCGCUGCCUGCAGCUGCUGCUCCUGUGCGCGGCGCUUGUGACCGCGUCCGCCUCAGUGGGAAGUCAGUCCAACCGUACAAAAGGAAGAAGUUUUAUUGGCCAAAAGGUUGAAACCAAAAAUACCUCUGUAAAAUCAUAUACUGUGGAUGACUUUGCUGCAAAAAUCCUUACUGGAAAACUGACUACAGUUUUCCUUCCUGUAGUCUACAUCACUGUGUUUCUUAUUGGUUUACCAAGCAAUGCCAUGGCUUUAUGGGUCUUUUUCUUCAGAACAAAAAAGAAACAUCCAGCUGUGAUUUAUAUGGCUAACCUGGCACUAGCAGAUCUUCUGUUUGUCUUCUGGUUCCCUCUGAAGAUUGCAUACCAUAUAAAUGGCAACAACUGGAUCUAUGGUGAAGGACUUUGCAAAGUACUCGUUGGAUUUUUUUAUGGAAAUAUGUACUGCUCCAUUCUUUUUAUGACAUGUCUCAGUGUGCAAAGAUACUGGGUCAUAGUGAACCCCAUACUACACUCAAGAAAAAAGUCUGAACUGGCACUAAGAGUUUCAAUUGCCAUAUGGAUACUGAUUUUCUUGAGCACCAUUCCAUUGUACCUUGUUGAUCAAACUGCAUAUAUUUCAAAUCUUAAUAUCACUACUUGUCACGACGUGUUGCCCCAGGGUGUAUUGGCUCGUGACAUGUUUAAUUAUUUCCUUUCUCUAGCAAUUGGAGUCUUCUUAUUCCCAGCUGUUCUCACGGCUGUUGCCUACAUCCUAAUGAUUAAGACUUUGAAUGCCUCCAUUACAGAUGUAAACAUUGGAAAGAAACGGAAAAGAGCAAUCAAGCUCAUUAUUGCAGUACUAUCCAUAUAUCUUAUCUGUUUUAUACCUAGUAAUAUUCUACUUGUAGUGCACUAUUCUCUGAUCAGGGACUAUGGCCGAAGUCACGUGUAUGCCUCAUAUAUAACAGCGUUGUGUCUUUCCACUCUGAACAGUGGCAUUGAUCCAUUCAUCUAUUAUUUUGUUUCAAAAGACUUCAGAGACAACCUUAAAAAUGCUUUCCUUUGCCGAAGUGUGCGAACUGCGAAGAGGAUGCAAGUCUCUCUUUCAUCAAGUAGAUACCCUAAGAAAUCCAACUCUUAUUCUUCCAGUUCAAACACAACUAAGACAACUUACUAAAUCUUCACUUGUCGUGAAAAAUGAACAUUUAUUAAUAUAGCAGUGAACCUAUUGUGCAUAACGUGAAUCUCUUAUUUUUACAAGUGCAUAUGAAGCAAGCAUCUGAACUAAAACCACACUGAGACUUUAAUUUCAAAACUGGCAACUGUUUACCUCUGUGAAUUCCACAUGUGAAUAUUGAAUGGCAUGGAAAAAGCAGCACCAUCCCGAGUUUCAGAUACUGUUUAAAAAAACAGUAUUUAUUCUCUAAAUGGCAGAGAACUUCUGUAAUGCUUUAAUACCUAUGGAAUGUUGGAUGGUGCCUUUAUUUUAAUCACUUCUGCAUUUAACUCUUGAUAAUUUAGUGAAGGAUGCUUUAUUUUUAUGACUUGGUUAUUGUACUUUUAUCUUAAUAUACUAUUUUUGUAUACUAGAAACAAACAAUUUAAGUAUCUUGUUUCUUUAGGGCCCUGUCCCUUUGGACAUAACUCCAUUAAGAUCAAUUAAAGUAAUGCGAGUAAAUAAGAGCACCCUCUUAAACCAGAGGAAGUCAAUUUCUUAUGCUUAGUAGAAUUUAUAUUGUCUAUUGGACUUUCCUGCUAUUGCAAAUACUGAGGAAGCCUGAUAAGAUUAUAACCUAGUCAGUUAGUUUAUCUCACUGCUAACUGAUACCAGUGAGAUAGCAAUAUUGUUAUUUGAUAGGAAUAUAUACUGAGGCAAACUGUUUUCUACGAUUUUGGCCAAUAUGUGAUCUUAAUGGGGCAUAAUAUGCUGUAUUUGUAGAAUUAUGUCAUGUAGCUUUUUCACUUUUACAUACUACUUCAUUUGUAUUAAGAUAUAUAAUGUAAAUUAAGUCACUUUUUAUAACUUA